AUGCACUCGCCGAUUAAUGAGAGUCAGUCUGACCAUGGCUUUGAUUUAGAGGCGGAAGUGAGACGAGUGAAAGAUGUAUUGGACAGGACGGAUGAUCCGUAUGAUUGGUUUAAUUUGUUGCACGCUCAUGUGGAGUUGUUACGUAGUCGUUAUUGUAACGGUGAUUCAUCCCUUCCUAUCUGGAAGGUGGUGGCCCGGGAGGAUAUGUUUCCGUUGGCAGUAUCGAGACCGGUGUGGAACAUCUACCGCGAAGUAUAUGGCCAGUUGCGUAUCCAACUGGAUAAAAUCUAUGACGACGUUUCUGCCUGUCCAAAUAUUCUUUCGUCGCUUCCUCCCGUGAUUCGCAAGUCGGUAGUCAGUCUCGCUGCGCAGUUCCUGCAUACUGUGGCUCCGUUUUACUUGAGCUGGCAUGCCACCGAGUUGAAGCGGUCUGCGGUGCUGAAUACUCACAUGAACGAUGUCCAGAUGGUCGGAAGAGCAUGUGCGCAGGCACUGGAAGUUUUAUUGUACGUCCGAGAUCCGCUACAAAGAAGCUCGGUGGCCGGCGAAGCGGCCGAUCACUAUAGUGCCGCCCGUGACGGUAGCGACCUGACCAAUGCCGACGAUCAGCUUGUGGUAAACGAGGGCAACUGGGACGUGAUCGUUGGUCGUUCCGUCUCAAGUGCGAUGGAGAAUGGCCAGGUAUUAUGGCGGUACACGAAGGCGAAUAGCGUGGAAGACAUACUGGAGCACCAUCAGCAGAUUGUGGAUGCUAUCGGGAUUCAGAUUUGGUUGUGCCAGACCAGUCCGUCGGCGGUCCGAGAGUUCGACAAGUUCAUCAAGUCGGACCCGCCGCUGGUGGAGAAUCUGUUCUGCAUGUUGAGUCUAAUUAAAGACGCACACGUUGACACCCGCUUUGAUGCGACCAAUGGGACCGAUAGUGGUGCGAUAGACAGCGUACCGAGGUUGGAGUUACCGCGCUUGCGCACGGUUCGCAGCGAGGCGGAGAAGUUGUUGUGUGAAAUUGCUCAGGUGAGUGUGCGUAUGAGGAGCGUUUUUAUUGUGCGUGGUUUGAUCGAGGUGCUGCUGGACGACAGUGUCUCGCGCAGUACACGACGGACAUUGUCGACCAUUGCUGCCAUCUGCGAACAGCCGGAAGGCGCCGUCUACUUGCGCGCGAACGUUCCUCUCAUGGUCAAGAUUGCGCACAUGCCGCCUUGCGAGCCGUGGCUGGCCCUGGUCCGGGGCUUCGUCGUGCUUGACGACGAGACGCAGGAGGAGCAGCGGGCAGCCAAGGUCUCCGCCGUCAAGCGCCGCCUUCAAGACCUGUUGAGCCACAAAACUCUGGCCCUUCGUACUGCCUCGCCCCCAGUCGCGUCGGGUAACCUCGUGGACCAGUUGCUGGGGUAUGCAGAGAGCUUGGACCGGACGAGCGAGCAGCACGCGUGUGUGGCGGAUAUACUGCUCGCGAUGUGGACCUCUCUCGGAGCGGAGUUCGACGCGUAUGCCGAACGCGUGCUCCAGCUUUCGCGCGUCAGUUCACUUUACGGCGACGCUGUUUUUUGGGCAAGCUUGCUUUCCGGUACGCCCGUGGUCAGCAUGAUGUGUCUGCAGCCGAGCUUCGCCAUUCCGCCGGGUUCCGCGCUUCAUGCGAUCGAGGCCUGUCUGCACGACCCCUAUAACGCCGGCGUUGAACCCUUCCGCGGCGCUCUCACUGUUUUGGCAGCGGCCGUCGCGACCGGGGGCCCUUCGCAGUCCGAAUUCCGCGCCACACUGUCCAGUGCAGCCGUGUGCGACGAACAGCUCUCGCGCCUCGACUCACUCAUGGGCUGCCUGGCCACGCUCCUCAAAGGCGAGCAGUCCACUGACCAACCGGACGGAGCCCAGCCGAGCCAGGAUAAGUCGAGCAGGGAUCAGCCGAACCAGGACGAGCAGAGUGAGGAUCAGCGCAGUGAGAACGGGCACAGAGCCGAACAGCUCCAGGCGGUGCUGGACACGUUGUUGCUUUGGAGCUCGUCAUUGCGGGCAAUCCCGACGUUGGAGGAGACGAAUAGUCGCCGAAAAGCGCCGGUAGCUUUGUGGGAGAAUUGCCACUUCGAGAAGCGAGUGAUGUUAAACCAUCUGGACACGGUGGCGGCGGCGGCGCAGUACGUAGUAACUCACCCGACGGCACCGGAGGCGCUGGAGUGUGCGUUGUUCGUAGUGGGUGUGGUGGGCCGUAGCAUGCAGCUGGUGGAGGCGGCUGACGUCUACCAUACAGAAGAAGUUUUUAAAGUCUUUGCUCAGAGCGACUUGGACGUACUCAUGGCCGCAGUGCCACGACUAGAAGCGGCCAUCGGUGCCACAGGUGUCAGUGCCUGUACGACUCAACUCAAGAACAUUUAUCGUCUCGAACGAACACUCAUUUGCCCCAAGAAUGCCGCACCCGCUUUCCGAUGCCAACUCGGUGCACUCGAAGACCACUUCAAGGCUCUUACCAACUCCGCCAGCAAACUGCAACCUUGCACUCUCCUGCCGCUCAAUAAACAGUCCCUCUUCACUUUCCUACUAUCCUCAUACACCCCACAUACUCUACUCAAACUACUCAUCAGACACCGCAUACCCGCCUUCAAGACACUCGCACACGCACUCGCAUCUAACCGUAUCUCCGGCAACUGCACUACCGACCCGCAACUCCUGGACCUACUCACCAACCUAAACAAGAAAGUAGAUACCAUUGCAGAGACGCUCCACAAACAAAGCCCACUCUCUCCCUCCGCGGCGGCAAACUAUACGGAUCCACCCAAUGUGGUUCCACCCAAUGUGGUUCCACCCAAUGUGGUUCCACACAACGUGGUUCCUCACGCCCUCGCAGCUGACCUGACGGCUGCGGAUCUAAACCAACGUAACCUCGUCGUCGGCCCUAGCGACCGCCCGAGCAACGAACUUGGGGUCCUUGGCGUGAAGGGAACUGGCGUAAAACCAACUGCUCAGAUGACAGUCUGGCCGGGCACUCCCGAGUUGUCCGAGAUGCACGAAUUUUCCCGGGAAGAUCUCGUCCGGAUUAUCGGCUAUCUCGCCCGCGAACUCUACCAUGCCCAAGCACAGUUGUCCUUGCUGCAGCAACGAACGAACGGCCUACCUGCUGUCAGCCCAUUUGCGGCAGGGCAACCGAACACGGCCCUGCCCUACGCAGAUCAAACUGGCCCGAGCGUCGGGCGCUCUAGCGCCCGACAACCAUUCACCACGACGAACUCGCCCGCAAGAAGUCCCGACGUGGCCACUCUCCCCGACCCGACUCCGGCUCAGUUGACUAUUCCCGUGGUGGCCAAAUCAGCAGCAGGCCACCCAUUGACAGGUAGCCAGGCGGUGCCAACAAAGCCUGGGCCGGCAAAGGCUGAACAGGCAAAGGCUGAACAGGCAAAGGCUGAACAGGCAAAGGAUGACGCAGUGACUGGCCCAGUUGUCACUGACGGCACCACGGCUACUCCCUUUGUGGUCAGUCCGUUAGUGGUUGACCCGAUAGUGACUGUACCGGGGAUGGAUGAUCCAGUUGCGACGACCCCAGUAGUGGUUGAUGGCAAAGCGACUACUCCCAUGGUGGGCUACCCGUUAGCGGUUGACCUCUCUGAGGCCGGACAGACAAGUCUUGGUGGCACGAUGGCUCAUCCGGCAGCCGGCGAGGGGGCGGCUCCGUUAGUGAUUAAUCCGUUGGCUUUUAACCUCACUGUGGCUGCACAGGCAAGGCUUGAUGACACAAUGGCUAGUCGAGUAGUCACUGACGGCGCGAUGACUACUCCCGUUGUGGUUAAUCCGCUAGUGGUUGACCCAAUGGUGACUCUUCAGAGGGUGGAUGACCUAGUAGCGAUGGGUCCAGUGGUGGUUGACGGCGCAACGACUACUGCCAAGGUGGCCAAUCCGUUAGUGAUUGAUGCCAUUGCGGUUCGACAGGCAAGAGCUGAUGACAUACCGGCUGGACGAGAGAUCGUUGACGGCGUGGUAGCUGGUCCCGUCGUGGCCGAUAUGACCGUGGGUGACCCGACAAUGGCUGCUCAGAUUAUGACCGACCCUAGUCCCUCACUCAUCAACAUUACCUGGCUCUCUCAAAACCGUAAAGCUGUGGAUGAGUACCAAGUCAGUGCGGGGCAGAGUGUCAAUGCUUUGGUACACUCUGAGCCUGAAAUGAGUGACUACGAUGUUCCUGGUGAGGAUCCUAGUGGUCCCGGGGGACCUAAGGAAGGUGCUGGUCCGGAGCCGGCGGGAAUUGAGCAGCUCGCGUCUGAGGAGAGUUCCAUUGGCGGUGGUUUCGUGGCGGACGUGGAAGACCCCCAGUUUGACACGCGACUGACGACUCGACGUCUGGAGCGGACCGCCCCGAUCCAGCUGCGAACUCCCAUGCAACCUUCAAUGGAAGCCUCAAUAGACGCCCCGAUAGAACCGUCAGGGGAACCCUCAAUUGAACAUUCUAUACAGUCAUCUUCAGUACCGCCGGCUUGGCCGGUGCCGGCGCUGGAGCAAAUGCCGGCUAUGGAGCAAAUGCCGGCGCUGGAGCAAAUGCCGGCUGUUGGAAACCAACCGGCAAGCACCGGGGUCUGGGCUCAGAAUACGGGCGCCUGGUCAGCAGCGAGCACGGAUGCCCAGGUUCUGAAUCAAACUGAGAUUCUUCCUUCAGUAUUGGUGGCCCCCGUUCCAUCGGAACUUCCCGAGGCCGUGUUGAACUGGGCCUCUAAUGGACCGCCACAAGAAGUGCUAUUCCACUUCACGGAAGACAUCAGCCCCGUGGGGUCGGAUGACCCACCCAGCUUCCUUCCCGUUCUACCCCCGGCGUUUCCUUCCGCGCUCCCGCCUGCAAUGCUGGAGGUGCCUCAUGUCCCUGUAGAGCUUAAAUCACCGCAUAUGGAAAAUAACAAGGGUUCAACCGCAAACAACCACUCGACUCCCGAAGACAAGGGUUCGACUGCCGAAGACAAGCACAGCGAAGACAAACGAUCGGUUGCAGAUGACAAAUGCUCAAUGACAGAGAACGAAUCGGGGCGGCCGCUGGACACCACCGAUCUGACCCUCGAUCAUCAUGGCUUUGGCGACAGGGGCACGGAACCCCCGGCUGUCGACAACCUACCCCUUCAACUCCCGGCUCCUGAACCUGUGGUUACCCAUCAACCGAUCGCGGGUCACCAGAAUGAUCCCGAGGAGCCCCGGCAGCUCCAGACAGGAACUCCAGCCUACAUAGCCAGUGCGGAAUUUCCGGCAUUGACUACGGCCUUUGAGCAAUUCACGAUCCCUCACCCAAUGUCUUUUGAGCCGAACCCACCAGUGGAACCAGCACAGGAACCAGUGCACCAGGCGAAUGGGCUGGCGCAGGAGCCCACGACGGUUCCGGCACCUGAGGUCGGACUCAAAGUGGAAGAUCCGUUCGAGGAUUUGGUAGACAUGCCUGUCAUCCCUGAAUUCAUUAUGGAGCCGAUAGAUGAGCCUGGUACCCCUGAAUUUGCAGUGGACCCGGUUACCGAGGACUUGGUAGAUAUGCCUGCCAUGCCUGACUUUAUUUUGGAUCCGUUACCUGCGAUGCCUGAAUUUAUUUUGGAUCCGGUAGCCGAGCCUGCCAUGCCCGAACUUGUUUUGGAUCCGGUAGCCGAGCCCUUAAAAGAGGCACUGCGAGAAUCCUUUAGCGAGGAAGCCGAAGACGACCCAUUCGCUGAAUUGCUUGACAUGCCUCCAUUGCCCGAAUUCCAGUUGGAUUCCAUUGGCCCCGCUCUGCUGGCCCCUAUCCAGAUCACUUCCCCUCCUGCAUUGGCCAAUCCAGGUCCUGUCUCAGAUUCUCUUCAUCUCGUGGCAUUGAGCGGUUUAGAUGAACGUUUUAGCGAGGGUCUAAAUCGUUUUGCCGGAAUUCAGACAAAGGUUCUCGAGGCUACAGAAACAACGAAUGAGGGUCGAGGAGACCGAGGGGACUCUGGGAAUGAUCCACUGCGUUUUGUGCCUCAGUAG